UCAUAUUUUCGGUUAUCUGUCUAUAAUAGUUUCGCAGCGGCUUCCGUUGAACUACAGAACAAAACUGGGUUUUAGAUUAAUACAAUUAAUGAGCUCAGCAUCGCUCUGCAGUUCGUUGUGUUCAAUAGGUUAUGAUUACUGUUUUAUAGCACAUCGAAAAACAUGACGUGUAAUGACAAUUAUCUAAAUUGAACAGCGUUUAGUUGUAUGAUCGGUAUUUUCAAGAUUUAUUUAUAUUUUUUCAGUUUUCAACAAAAAAACAGAGAUCAAUCAUGAAAGUAAUAUUCAAUUGUAUGACGUUAGUCUUAAUGUUUUUCAUUUGUACAAUUACUGUAUAUGGAGUGCCGAACACCAAGGAACCGGUUUUAGAAAAAUUACAAGCGCAACAGCAACAUUUCAGAGGUGAAGAGCAUAAUACAGAUUAUGACCAUGAAGCUUUUCUUGGACAAGAAGCGGAAGAAUUUGAUAAUUUGACACAAGAAGAAAGUCAAAGGAGACUUAGCGUAAUAGUCGAUAAAAUUGAUAAAAAUAAUGAUGGAUAUGUAACACAAGAGGAGCUUAAAGAUUGGAUUAAAUUCACUCAAACUCGUUACAUAAUGAAUGAUGUGCACAGCCAAUGGGAUAACCAUAAAAACUUGGAAAACGAAAAGUUAUCAUGGGCAAUAUAUAGGAAAGAUACGUAUGGAUUUAUGUCUGAUGACGAAGCAAAAGAAGUGCAUAAAUCUGAUGAUUCCUAUACAUAUGCCAAAAUGAUAUUGAGAGAUAAGAGAAGAUGGGCAGCAGCUGACGUAGAUGGUGAUGGUCUAUUGUCCAAAGAGGAAUUUAUAUCUUUCUUACAUCCCGAAGAAAGUGUUCACAUGAAAGAUAUUGUUGUCUAUGAAACUAUGGAUGAUAUGGAUAAAGAUAAAGACAAUAAAAUAUCAAUGGAUGAAUAUAUUGCUGAUUUAUUCCCUGGUGUGGAGCCAAAUGAAGAACCAAAUUUCAUUAAAAGUGAAAUAGAACAGUUUAAGACAUACAGAGAUAAAGAUGGUGACGGGUUUUUGGACAUUGGAGAGGUCAAAGAUUGGAUAUUACCUGACAAUUUUGAUCAUGCUGAAGCAGAAAGCAGACACCUUGUGUAUGAAUCUGAUUCAGAUGCUGAUGGCAAAUUAACUAAAGAAGAAAUAUUAGCGAAAUAUGAUUUGUUUGUCGGAUCCCAAGCAACUGAUUUUGGAGAGGCCAUUAUGAAACAUGAUGAGUUAUAAAACAAUUACAAAAAGAAAAAAUAAGUUUUUAAAUACUUUUAAUAAAAUAAUAUUUUUAUAUGAGUCAAUAUAUUUAUAAUAUACAUUAUACUAGUGUAGUAACCUUAAAAUAUUAUUUUUGUUUGUAUACGACAUUUAUUUUAAUAUUUAAUAAUUAUUAAGUAUUAAAAAUUAAGAUCUGACUGAAUCAUUAUGCCAAAACUGUUUUUUUUUCUUUUAUAUGAUACUAUUUUUUUACAUUAUUUAUAUCUGUUUAGUAAUUUUAGAUUUUUAUACUUAAAAAUAUAAAACUGUUAUAUUCUGUUCUUUUUUUGUAGAUCAUUUAUUAAUAUUUUUUUUAAACAAGUGUGUGUACUUAUACAAAUUUAUCUUGUAGUACUUCAAUGUAAAUGUAAUUAUCAGAUUUAUUAAACUUGUUUUUCUUUAUAAUUAGUAUCGUCUUUUCAUCAAUAGUAAAUUUCAUUAAAGAGCCAAAUGUACUAGUUUUAAACCAAAUAUCUAUUAGUCAUGUAUAUUAAUUUUCAAAAUAUUAUGUCUAUGUCUAUGUGUGUAUAGUACUAUAGUAUAUUUACUGUAAAACCAACUAUAUCUAUCUGUGUUUAUAUUAUACCCAUCACAUUAUAGACUGUUGACAAAUAAUAAAAUAUUUAUUUAACAAUAA